UGUAAGACGUUACAGAGGGAUAAACUUUUACUGGAAGUCGGUAGAAUGUGACAGCCAAGUCACUGCUUAUAUUGUUCCAUGAAGGCUAAAAAGCGUUAUAUUCUAGUUCUGUUUAGUUGCUGGUUUCUUAUACUGUGUUGUUUUGGAGGGUAUCGUUUGUGGAAGAACGACAAUAGUGAAGCAAGGGAUUUUAAUUACACGAAACACACGCUUCGUAGCUACUUGGAUACUCAUGAGAUACACAGGGAGAAAGACUUAGUCUAUUCCGCGAGACUCAGAAGAAACGAACGAAGUACGAGCGCAGACACGGUCACGUGCACUAUGGACACAUGCUUUGAUUUCUCUCGUUGUAAGGAUGACUUUAAAGUUUAUGUUUACCCGGUUGAAGAUAAGAUAUCAUCCGUUUACCGAAAUAUUUUAAACGUUAUUGAAGAAUCCAGGUUCUACACCAAAGAUCCUCUUCAAGCUUGUUUGUUUAUACUUUCUUUGGACACAUUAGAUAGAGACCAUCUUAGUCCGGACUAUGUGAAAAACAUGCAGAUAAGAUUAAGUCAACAAGCAAAAUAUUGGAACGAUGGUAAGAACCAUUUAUUAUUUAAUCUUUAUUCAGGCACUUGGCCGGAUUACUGUGAAGAUUUGGGGUUUGAUGUAGGUCAAGCUAUUAUAGCAAAGGCAAGUUUUUCGUUGUCAAAAUUUAGGCCACAAUUUGAUAUAUCCAUUCCACUUUUCCCAAAAAAUCACCCUAAUAAAGGCGGAGAGCGUGGCACUUUGACUUCUAAUAACUUUCCCGUGAACCAAAAAUAUAUACUGGUUUUUAAAGGUAAACGUUACGUGCAUGGUAUAGGUUCAGAAACAAGGAAUUCUCUCUAUCACGUGCAUAAUAAUAAUGAUAUAAUUCUUGUGACAACGUGCCGACAUGGAAAAUCAUGGAAACAAAUGAAAGACAGGCGUUGUGAGACAGACAAUGAGGAGUUUGAUAGAUGGGAUUACCACUUCCUUAUGCACAAUUCCACCUUUUGCCUUGUUCCCAGAGGGCGUCGUCUUGGGUCUUUUCGUUUCUUGGAGGCACUGCAAGCAGGUUGUAUUCCUCUGUUACUUAGCAACGGAUGGGAACUCCCUUUUGGUGAGGUGAUUGAUUGGACUAAGGCAACAGUUUGGGCCGAUGAACGAUUGUUACUUCAGGUGCCUGACGUCGUCCGUUCAGUUAAUCAAACACGUGUGCACGCGCUUCGGCAACAUACUCAGAUACUAUGGGAAAACUAUUUUUCUUCAGUCGAGAAGAUCGUAAUGACCACCUUAGAG